GUCACACGGCACGGGGAUUCGUUUCCUUCCCCACCUCUCCUCUCCUCUCCUCCCCCGGCGCCAUAAAUCUCCGGGUCACCCCCUCCUCGCCUCUUCCCCCAAUCCCAUCUCGCCGCUCGGAGCAAGCGGCCCGAUCCCCAAAUCUUCCUCUCGAGAGCCUCGUCGCCCUUCCCCGCGUCAAGCCGUCAAGAUGCAGAUCUUUGUUAAGACUCUCACCGGCAAGACCAUCACCCUCGAGGUGGAGUCUUCUGACACCAUUGACAAUGUCAAGGCCAAGAUCCAGGACAAGGAGGGCAUCCCCCCAGACCAGCAGCGGCUCAUCUUCGCUGGCAAGCAGCUCGAGGACGGGCGCACGCUUGCUGACUACAACAUCCAGAAGGAGAGCACACUUCACCUGGUGCUCCGUCUCAGGGGAGGCAUGCAGAUUUUCGUGAAGACCUUAACUGGCAAGACUAUCACCAUUGAGGUUGAGUCUUCUGACACCAUUGACAAUGUCAAGGCCAAGAUCCAGGACAAGGAGGGCAUCCCUCCAGACCAGCAGAGGCUCAUCUUUGCUGGCAAGCAGCUUGAGGAUGACCGCACCCUUGCUGAUUACAACAUUCAGAAGGAGAGCACUCUCCACCUGGUGCUCCGCCUGAGGGGUGGGAUGCAGAUCUUCGUCAAGACAUUGACUGGCAAGACCAUCACUUUGGAGGUUGAGAGUUCCGACACCAUCGACAAUGUGAAGGCCAAGAUCCAGGACAAGGAGGGCAUCCCCCCAGACCAGCAGCGUCUGAUCUUUGCGGGCAAGCAGUUGGAGGAUGGCCGCACCCUUGCCGACUACAAUAUCCAGAAGGAGUCUACCCUCCACCUGGUCCUCCGUCUCCGUGGUGGUCAGUAAGCCACCGGUCAUUGAAGCUGCUGCUGUACCUUGGGUCUUCUGUUCGCUUGAAGUAUCUGUGUGACUGUGUCGUUUGUGUUGAAACUGUUUGGUUAGUGAAUUGGUCGGGACUAGUGUGUUUACACGAAACAGUGGUUGCGGUGCAGCAGUAUGGCUUAACCAUGAAUAAUUGAUGUUUGAACUUAAAUCUGUGCUCUGUUUGGUAACAUUUUCUUCUGGCUUUGAUUAUGCCAGUUCAAGCAUAUGUCGCCUGA